CCCCAAAGAACAACCAUGGAGUUUUUCCUAGCCACUGUGCUUCUCCAUUGCUUGCUCUUUAGGGUUUUAGGCUUGGUAUCUGUAAAGCACUUUGUGACAACUGCUGAUGUAAAAGGGCUUUAUAAAAUACAUUUGAUUGAAUUUGAUUGUAAAAAGUAUGAAUUGUAAGAACUAACAGACAGUCUCCUGAACAUCUACCAUAUUAUGAGAUGGGGUAUCAGUAGGCUAUUCCAUCUGUAUGACAUGGUUGAUGAGAAAAAUACCCUGGGAAGAAUGUUGCCGAUCCUGCCUGCACAGUCCCUGCAAGUUAAGAGGAAGUAAAGGGAAAAUAUGCCUACAGAGUCAAAGUUCCUUAGUUUACAUUUUUGUUGUAAUAGGUGGUUUCACAUUGUGUAUGUUUUAUAAUUGACACUUUCCUCCUUUUUUGUAUCUAUAAAACUUCAAAUAAAUUAUCAACACAAUUAUCAACACAUUCAAAGGAUUCUGGAAUGGUCACUGGUUUGUCAAUGUUUGUGCAGGUAUCUUAGCAAUAAAUCAUUAAAAUCGACCCUAUGGAGAGUUCUGUCUCAUUUCUCACAGGACAUGUAGAGUAGGGAACUAACCUGUGGUUUAAUAUUGUAAUAGUUCAUGAUAGUCUAUGUAAUUUAUUAUAAACCCGGUGGAUUGAUUGGCUGAAAGCAGGUCCCGCUGGGUGAUGAGGGCAUGGACCUGGCAUCUCACAGUAAGAUGAACUCAGAGGUGGCCGAGGGCAGACCAGCCCCUCCCAACUCGCUGCCCCUGCAGGGCACGCCGGGUGGCCCCUCACAAAGGAAGAAGCUCUCCGCCCCGCGUAUCAGCCUUUCGCUGGACCAGAGUGAAGACGACGCCCUAGAGACACCCGAUGACCUGGACAUUAACGUGGACGACCUGGAUACGCCUGACGACACAGACUAUCUGGACUACACCGACAAUGAGCUGGACUGGGAGGAACCCCUGACAGCCAAUCGUAACACAUCAAAAGAGCCGUGUGAGCCGAUUCCUACGUGCAGUGCAGCGGAGGAGCGUCAGGAUGCGAAGCUGUGGAGGGCUGUGGUCAUCGGAGAGCAGGAACACCGCAUCAACAUGAAGAUCAUCGAGCCCUACCAGAGAGUUAUAUCCCAUGGAGGGUACUAUGGAAACGGAGUGAACGCCAUCAUAGUGUUUGCAGCGUGUUUCCUCCCAGACAGUGACAGUGAGGACUACCAUGAAGUCAUGGAGAACCUCUUCCUGUAUGUGAUCAGCACGUUGGAGCUGAUGGUGGCAGAGGACUAUAUGAUUGUCUAUUUGAACGGAGCCACGCCCCACAGGAGGAUGCCUGGAAUGGGCUGGCUCAAGAAGUGCUACCAGAUGAUUGACAGAAGGCUCAGGAAGAAUUUGAAAUCCUUCAUCAUUGUCCACCCGUCCUGGUUUAUACGGACCAUCCUCGCCAUCACCAGGCCAUUCAUAAGCACCAAGUUCAGUAAUAAGAUAAAGUACGUGAACAGCCUGGCUGAGCUGCAGGAACUCAUUCCCAUGGAGUACGUCCACAUCCCAGAGUGCAUCAUUAGCCUUGACGAGGAGCUGAAGGAAGCGGCGCUGAGCUCGACCGUGAGCAGCUUCCUCCAGGGACCUGAGCCGACGUCUGGGAGACCAGAAGCCGAUAAAACCAACAUGAACAGCUCCUAGACAAAGUGGUGUUCAACACCACUGGAAAUGGAUGGUUGUGGCUUUGCUUCAAAAUGGAAUUUCACAUUGUUUUAAAACUCCUGAAUGUUUCGUACACUAGAAACAUUAAGACCGAUGUACUAUUCCUGUGUGUUUGUCAGACACGGAGACGACUAUGAAAACACUCCAUAAUCCCUGUUAGCACUCCGACGCAGUAUCCUAUAACACCACCAUAACAUUCAUCUACAACACCAUUGACAGACUUUAGAUUAGCACCAGGGGUUUCUUAAUCCUGGUCUUUGGGACCCACAGGGGUGCACUGUUUUGUUUCUUCCCAGCACUAACACACCUGAUAGCACACCAAGAUCUUGAUGAUUAGCUGAUUAGUUGAAUAAUCAGGUGUGUGUGCUGGGUUGUAACAGAAUUUGCACACAAGUGGGUUGCCCAGGACCAGUAUUAAGAUGCUUGACACUGUAAAUCCACAUACAUGAUAGUUUGUUAAGGACAUAAUAACACAUGGUCUCUCACAGUACAGUACAUACUUCCAUUCUUAGCAUCGAAGUUAAUGUUGUACUUUGGUAAUAAUGCAUGAGCAGCAGUGAAGCAAUAAUAUCUCAUCCUUUAAAGGUAGACUCAGUGAACUGACGUUGCCACAAGCAGCACCGCAGAUAUUGAAAUGAGAGAAAUGCAAGACUUCAAUCACACAGUAUCUGUGCAGGUGCACACUUCACGGUGUCCACAGUAUGGUAGCCACAGGACCAAAACAGCGGGGAAGUUGAGUUUCACGCUUCAUUGCUCUUAGUUCUUGCGGAAAUUGACCCACCAUGCUGUUGACUUUCUGCAUCUACAUCAUAUCGCUGCGUCUACCUUUAAUGUUAGUCCAUCUGGAAUUUAGACAAGUCAUUAUGUCCUUGAGACAACAGCACAUCAACGAUGGUAUGUCAAAAAUCAAUCUGACAUAUCGAUGGCAUGAUAAAACCUAGUCCCCUUAGGAAAUGACCAAGUUACACGUCUCAAUCUUUUUUGUUGUUGUUGAUCUUAUUACCAUGGAUCUUGAUGAAAGUGUUUUACCACUAAAAUCUCUAGAUGUUUUCACGUUGAAUUAAUCUGAAAUACAGAGGAUGCCGUGUGUAACCAUAGAAAUAUAUUUCUGUGUGUAACCAAGUGAUAAUGUGUGAAAACAAGCUGUCAGUAAAUUGUGAGAGCAUGUCCUUUCAGAUACCUGUCCUAUAAGUUGAGCGUGCCGUGUGUGUGUGUGUGUGUGUCCUGUCAGUGUGUGCUUCCGUCAGACUUUCUACAUAUUCACCGUCUAGGGCUCUUGCUGCACCAAACAGGAUAUGACCUCAGAGUGGGACAGAGAGAGCAGCGUGGGUCUCUGUAAAGCACAAUUUCGCAUCCCAUGUGUGGGUGUAUGCGUGUGUCAAUGCAUGUUUCCUCAGAUUGAUGGCCUUCAACAUUGUGUGUAAUAUGAUGGAACACUAAAUCAAUAAAUUGUUUUACCCUGA